CUAUUCACAAGGAUCUUUCCCAUCCGCAACAAUGGUCGCACGUCUUGCUAAGAGCGCCAUUGGCGCCGCCCGGCUACGGCCCUCCGUUACCGCCCGUGUCCCUGCCAUCGCUGCCCUGACCUCGACCCGCGCGGCCUCCAGUGUGCCCGCCGAGGAGCCUGCUAAGAAGGCUCAGUCGAUCCUCGAUGCUGUUCCCGGCAACUCUCUGGUGUCCAAGACCGCCACCCUGUCCGCCGCCGCCGGUCUGUCCAUCGCCGCCAUCAGCAACGAGCUCUACGUGAUGAAUGAGGAGACCGUCGCCGCCUUCUGCCUGCUCUCCGUCUUCACCGCCGUUGCCAAGUACGGUGGUCCCGCCUACGGCGAGUGGGCCAAGGGUCAGGUCCAGAAGCACAAGGACAUCCUGAACGCUGCCCGUGCCGACCACACCAACGCUGUUAAGCAGCGCAUUGACAACGUUAAGGAGAUGUCCGGUGUUGUCGAGGUCACCAAGCAGCUCUUCGCUGUUUCUAAGGAGACCGCCCAGCUCGAGGCUCAGGCCUACGAGCUCGAGCAGCGCACCGCCCUUGCUGCUGAGGCCAAGACUGUCCUCGACUCCUGGGUCCGCUACGAGGGCCAGGUUAAGCAGCGCCAGCAGCGUGAGCUUGCCGAGUCCAUCAUCAGCAAGAUCCAGAAGGAGCUCGAGAACCCCAAGGUUCUCCAGCAGAUCCUCCAGCAGAGCGUUGCUGAUGUUGAGCGUAUCAUGGCGUCCAAGGCCUAAUUGGAUAGACUCUGAUGGCUCCCUCGGCUAUUGCCAAUGUGUACAAAACUAUAGGGGUCAUUUGCAUCUUCUGAGUUAGAAUUGCAAUACCAUUUCUUUUAUCGACCUGACUUGAUGCAUGCUUUGGACUUUCUUGGGCAUUUUUACGUCUGAGUUGGUCUAUAUUCCCCUUGGGUCUUGUUCGUAGUCCACCAGUAGGGCCCAUUGCCAUCGUCAAUUGUUGUCUAUGUUAGCGCUUGGAUUGAGGCUGCGUGAUAUUGAAGAGCUCCUUGACUAAGAGGGUCUGUUUUAUUCUCAAUUCGUCGGCAUGUGGAAUGCUGAUUUGGUAUUCUGGUUUGUUGAUGGUGUACUAUGAUUGUCUCGGAUACCACAAAGUCCGCUAUCAGCUGUUCAUAGGGAAUCAAUUUAAAUCCCCGAGCCAGGAAACUCAAGACCCGAACCAGACGAAAUAACCAACAGAAACUAUGUUUGUUAUCGCUAUCAGGGUCCUUGAUAUGCCCCGUGGGUAUUAAUCUGAAGGCCACGCGCUAAAAACGCAGGGACCGAUAUCGCACGCCACAUGUGGGACAUGCAUGUAUGAGAUCUAUCGGAACUGCAUAAAGC